AUGCAAAAAAAAUAUAAAAAAAAUUAUUUGCAUAAAUGUAUGAAUGAUGAAUUUGAACAAAAUAAAAUUCUCAAACUAUUACAACAUCCUUUAAAAAAUGUUAAUCUUGUUCAAAUUGUUGAAAAACUUCAAUCUAUAAAUUGUAUUGUUAUACAAAAGAAAAUAUUUAAGCUACUUGGUGUAAAUAUUUCUAUUAAAAAAAUUAAAGAGUUCAAUAUUUUUGGUCUUUUAACUGAUGAUUACUUAAAUGCAUUAAAAUCCCGACAGUUUGAUUCUUUCGUCUAUUCAUUUAAUUUGACACAUAAAAUUAUUCCUUGCUCUAUUGUAAAAGAAAUAUUGUAUAAAAAAGCAAUGUAUGAUGAAGGAUAUGCCUACAUCAAUCCAAAGACUAUUAACAUCUAUAUAAAAAAAGAGAGUUACAUAAUUAAAUAUGAUUCGAUAGAAAGUGUAAACAUUACAAAAAAAGUUGUGGUUAUAAAGUUGAAGAAUACAAACUUAUUUAAGUUUUUGAUAGACUCUAAUGAUUCUGAUUUUAUACAAAAAUUUGAAGAAAAAAUUUAUUUUAAAAUUAUUGUUAAUAAGAGGUGUAGCAAUGACGAAAGCCAGUUUACUAAAAAUCCAAAGAUUAUGUUGCAAAAGCAAAAAGAUACAUUAUGUAAAUUGGCAAUUCCAUCUCCAGAUAACACGACUUUUAUAAAGUUUCAAAAUUCAUCUUUGUCGCCUGAUAACUUUAUAACAAAUUUUCAACAUACAAGUAUUAAUUUAAACAAUACACAAUGUAAAACACCAUAUGACAAAAAUAAUAAAUCUGUUAAAGAUAAUAGUAAUAAUAAGAAUAAUUUAAGAUACAAAAAAGAUACUGACAAUGAAUAUUUGGUUAAACUACGUGAUAAAAACGUAUCAAAGGAAAUUAGCAAAAAUAUUUUUGUCAAGAAAACUUUAAAUGAGAGGUCUUAUGACAGCUUAGGGAAAGAUAACAAAUUUGUAUUCAAUUCUCAAUCAUGUGAUCCUAUUCAUCAUAAAAAGACAAAUGUAAGUAACAAAGUGCAAGAAAGUAUACAUUUAGAUGUCGAAUCGGUUAUAGAAUUAAAUAAUUCUUUGGUUUCAAGCUCAAUAAAAAACAAACAAAGUAUUAAAAACACUUCCAAAGUAACUAAUAAACAUACACGAAAAGAUAGAAUUAAGCAGAAAACAAAUAAUAGAUCUUGUAAGAGUAUAGCCAAAGGCAACAUAAAAUCUAAAAUUUCUUAUUUACAAUCCGAACUUUCUCUUCAGGCUUUUUAUGAGGAACAAACAAUUUCUGAAAAUUUACACAUUCAAUUGGCUACAUCUUGUAAGCAAAGAAAAAUAUUUAAUAAUACACAAUAUACUAAUACUUUAUCAUCAAAUGAAGGAACCCCGUCUUUUGUAGAUAACCAAUCUAUUCUCGUAAUACAAUUAUUAAAUUGUAGUUCUCCUAUAAAAAAUAUGAAAUUAAGAAUGCGUAAAUUACAAAAGAUUUUUAGGCGUUUUGUCAAACAUACUUAUAAGAAAAACAAAAAUAUUAUUUACAAUUCAUAUAUGAUUGUAAAUAAUUAUUUGUCUAAAUAUAAAGAGAUUUUAAACAUUGCCAAUGAAAUUUAG